GUUCAGUGCCAUGUGUUUUUGUUUAUGUUUUGUUCUGUAACCUGUGACCUGUUUGUGACCUGUAACCCCAUACUUACCUGUUGGUCAUGUGACCUUUCCUACCUGCCCAUGCAAUUCACCUGAGUGUAAAUCAGUUCUGGCAGACAGGUUGGAGGGAUUGACCAUAUGUAAAAGAUUCGCCUGCAGUUAUAUAUACUGGAUUAUCAGGAUUAUGUGGGAACCCUUGUCGCAUUGAUAGAGGUGUAAGAUCCUUCCAGCUAGUCUGAUGUCCACAAAUGGAAUAAUUAAAAGAAUGGAAACCAAGAACGUGUUUGUUGUAACGCCUCUGCCCAAAUCCCAUCCCUGUUUCAUCUACCUAUUUUGUUUCAUUUUCAAGAUAAAACUUUGAUAUUGCUGUCACACCUUAACAUCUGUUUUGUGGUGGAUUUGACAAACUAGAACAUGUACUGUCAUCAAUUAGCAAGACUCCAGCAGAUGGACAAUACAGUGUAACAAAUUUAUGCAGGCAGACCUUGAUACAGUAAGAUGGAGGUGAAGCGUGAUGAUGGUAGUCUUCUACAGAUAGGACACAGGAUUAUCUGUGAUGGCCACUUUGGGACUGUCCGCUACAUUGGAGAAAUUACAAAUACAAAAGAUUGCUGGAUUGGAGUAGAAUGGGAUGAUUCCUCAAGAGGGAAACACAAUGGAAUACAUGAAGGCAAACAAUACUUCAGUACAGAUGACCCAACUGGAGGAUCUUUCGUGCGUCCUAGAAAAGUAAAGAUGGGAGUAAGCUUUUACAACGCCUUCCAGGAUCGCUAUGGGGAGGAGGAAGAUGAGGAGGCAGGAGUGAUCACUGCCGAACUUUUUGUUCUUGACAACAACAACAAAAAGACGAUAGUGGAAAUGGUUGGCGCCAAGUCUGUAAACAAAAAACAGAGCCAGCUGGACAGCCUGGUAGAGGUGGCGGUGCGGGACAUGUCUGUAUAUGGUGUGGGCCCACACUCGUCUGAGUUACGGACACAUGGCCAUAGUAUAGCUGAGCUGGACAUUGCCCACAGUCUGUUGCCUUCCUGGUCUGCAGUGGCAGCCAUCACAGAGUGUCUGCCAGCAUUGAUGAGGCUCAAUGUCAGUGAAAACAAACUAGUGUUACCAACUAACCCGGUGGAGUUACAGUCAUCAUUCCCAUGUGUGAAAGUACUUUACCUCAACAGGAUAGCCUACAACUGGCAACAGAUACUUGAGUGUAGCUGUAUGUUCCCUUUAGAACAAUUACACGUCUGUUUUAAUAGCAUCACAACCUUGUCCGAUCCUCAAAGUCACCUACAGAAUCUUACCCUCAUUAACCUUGAGUCCAACAAUGUACAGUCUUGGUUACAAGUACUUCAUCUUAGUCAUUUACCCAAAUUAGAAAGUCUGAUUGUGAGUGACAACAGUAUUGACACCAUAACCUUCUCUGAUGUCGGCCAUGGUGAAACAACCCAACACUUCCGUGUCUUGAAGUACCUCUGUAUCAACCACAACAAAAUAGCAGAGUGGUCUAGUAUUAAUGAGCUCAACAAGUUAAAAUGUUUGAAGGAGUUGAAGAUAAUCCAAAACCCCCUGUUAAACACUGCCACACCGGAGACAGUGCGCCAACUCAUCGUAGCCAAGAUAGCAGGUCUGGAGCACUGUAAUAGGACAAAGGUGACUAAGGAGGAGAGGCGCGGUGCAGAGAUUGACUAUCUCAAGAGAUUUGGUCAGCUCUGGAUUAAAUCAGGGGGCUCUCAGGACGACAAGAAUAAAAAACCAAGCACAGAGUUUACCAGUCAACACCCUCGCUACCAGGACCUAGUCAGAGUGUAUGGACCUCCCGAAAAUUCUGAGAUGAAACAGAAAGAAAAGUCCCUUAAAGACAGUUUAAUCACUAUUAAUAUAACCAGCCCCUAUGAUCCUGACAAGGGCACGAAACAGAAGAAAAUCCCAGAAACAAUGACGGUACAGAAAUUAAAGGCUCUGAUCCAGAAGCUUUUCAAAUGGGAUAAUGGAGAAUUACAACUUUCCUAUGAAACUAAAAAGAUGAAAAAGGUUGAAAUAGAAUUUGACAAUGACCUUCGUCCCAUAUCGUUUUAUUCCAUUGAGCCAGGAGAUACCAUACUGGUGCGUUGGUAAUCUCAAAGACACAAUAUUCACUUA